AUGAGGGCGGCGGAGUCGUCACGCCGACCGCGGCCUGUUUCCAUGGAAACCGGCGGGCUACCACUAGUAUCCACAUUUGCCCUCCUCACUAUAGUCGCAGGUCAGCUGCAAGGCUCGGGCUACAGUGAACAGGAGCCGGAGUUCCUCUCUCCUCUGGAGAACCUUACCGUGGCACAGGGUCGGGAUGUACACUUCACCUGCACCGUCAACCGGCUCGGCUCAUACAAGGUGGCGUGGAUAAAGUCGGACACGAAGACGAUCCUGGCGAUUCACACGCACAUGGUGACACUGAACCCGCGACUGUCGGUCACCCACAACGGGCACAACACGUGGAAGCUGUACAUCAGCAACGUCGAGCCCAAGGACUCCGGCACCUACAUGUGCCAGCUCAACACGGACCCUAUGAUGAGCCAGAUGGGCCACUUAUCAGUGGUGAUUCCACCUGACAUAGCAGAUGACACGGUGUCGGAGGCUAGUGCCCCAGAAGGAGGAGCGGUGGAGAUCCGUUGCACGGCUAGUGGGGUUCCGGACCCCAUCAUAUCCUGGAAGAGGACUGCCGGGAGGAACAUUGUAUUCCGGGAUGAGAAUGGGAAAGAGCUUAAAGCUGUGGAGAGCAUCGUAGGCUCCACCUUGAGCCUGAAGAGCCUGCAGCGCGCUGAUAUGGGCACGUAUUUAUGCAUCGCUGCCAACGGCAUCCCGCCCACCAAGAGCCGCCGGUACGAGGUCCUUGUUCACUUCGAGCCGGUGAUCCGCGUGGCGAGCCCGGUAGUGCUGCGGGCGGUGGACAUGCAGGUGACACUGCAGUGCUACGUGGAGGCUUCCCCCAAAUCGCUCAACACCUGGCAACGCGGAAAGUCGCAAGCUGGUGGAAAGCUACUCAACAGUUCUAAGUACAUCAUAUCAGAGGAAGUGCUCAAUGAGUACGCAUUACGCAUGAACCUCACCAUUACUCGUCUCAAGAAAAGUGACUUCGGAGAAUACUCGUGUUCCUCCGUCAACGGCUAUGGGAAGGCAGAAGGUAUCAUCACUCUAAAAGAGACGCCGGUGCGGACGACGACGACGACGACGACCACGACCACGACGACGACCACGCGGCCGCCGACCACGACGCCCACCACUACGACGCGACCACCCAAACGCCACCCCAAGAAACAGCUGGAACGCGGACAGAACUCCAUCGACGCGGAUCUGCGCCAGGUGGAGCUCAACAACGCGUUCAACUUCUUCAACACGCUCAGCGCGCAGACCCCCGUCAACGGCUCGCACGCGCCCAAUGAAUACGCGCAACGCACGGAGAGGCAAAAAGUGCGCCCCUCCGGCCCGCCGCGGACCUACGUCUUGUACAACCGAGCCGCGCGGGUUGCCACCACUAUCAUCCCACUAUUUAUUUACCUAGCCAAACUCUUUGUAUAAAUAUAAAAGCUUCGGCAUAAGAUAUACAUAUUCUUUUUUACAAUUAGCGGUUUAGGUAGUGAUGGAAACAUGGCUGUUGAAUUUUUUAAGAAUUAAAGAGGUUGUUGUGUUUUAGAACACCCCAGUGUUGACGAUGUUAUGUAAGAUUGUA